GACAAGACUCAGAUAACGAUGCUGGUUACUUGGUUAAUAGAGAUUUUCCUGAACCAGUUGGGAGAGAUGAAAGAGCAAGGACAGGAUGAAUCCAAAGAGUAUCAAAAGAUUCAAGAGGAGUUCCGAAUGUUCCUUGCUGAGCCUAAAAACAAGGAAUGUGUCAGUAACAAUAGAGGUGUGGUGUAUGACCUUAUUGCCAGUCAUGGAGAUGUGGAGGACAUGGUCUUCUUUGCUGUAUUAAUGCAAGAUUUUGAGAAAGUAAUCACCCACCACAUCCAGCAUGACAACUACAAAGGAGCUCUAACGCAGCUUAUGAAACAGAGUGACACAGAGUUGAUCUACAAGUUCUCUCCCCUGUUGAUGCAGUACAUUCCUAAGGAGACAGUCAGUCUGUGGAUCAGUAGGAAGGACUCGCUGGAGCCAAUGAAACUCAUCCCAGCCCUGGUCCAGUACGACCACAAUAAAUACAGGGAACAGGGGAAUGAGGCCAUCCGAUACCUGGAGUUUUGUAUAGAACAGCUAGAUAACAAGGACCAGGCUAUCCAUAAUUACCUGUUGUCACUGUACGCCAAAAUCAAACCGGAUCAACUCAUGACCUACCUCAACAUUCAGGGAAUGGAUGAGGAUACAAUUUGCUAUGACCUGAAGUAUGCUCUGAGGCUGUGUGCUGAGCACGGACACAAGCGAGCCUGUGUACACAUCUACUCCCUGAUGGGACUGUAUGAAGAGGCAGUGGAUUUAGCUCUUGAUGUGGAUGUAGAAUUGGCCAAACAACAGGCUGACAAACCAGAUGAAGACAACAUAGACCUCAGAAAGAAGCUCUGGCUCAGAAUUGCCCGCCAUGUUGUGGAAGAUGAAAAAGAUGUCAAGCGAGCAAUGGAGUUCCUCCAUGACUGUGAACUACUGAAAAUUGAAGAUAUUCUACCAUUUUUCCCAGAUUUUGUGACCAUUGAUCACUUUAAAGAUGCCAUAGUGACGUCCCUCCAGGAAUAUAACCACCACAUCGAUCAGCUGAAGGAGGAAAUGGACGAGGCGACUCACAGUGCCGAGGAGAUCAGGAAGGAAAUACAGAGCUUCAGAAACAGGUAUGCCUUUGUUAAUGCCACAGACAAAUGUGCUGCCUGUAACUUUCCUCUGAUGGCCAGGGCAUUUUAUCUGUUUCCAUGCCAACACAAGUUUCACAAUGACUGCUUGAUUGGGGAGGUUCUGCCAAAUCUGACGAGUAAGAAGCGUCAGAGAGUGGAGGAACUUCAGAGAAAACUGGCCGAAAAUGAGGAUAUGAGAUCCGCAUCUGUAGGGAACAGGGGAGAUCAUCAGUCUGACAAAACACAGGACAUCAAGGCUGAGUUGGAUGACUUAGUGGCAUCCGAGUGUAUUUAUUGUGGGGACAUGAUGAUCAGGAGUAUAAGCAAACCAUUUGUGGAUGAAGAUGAACAGGAUGUUUUAAGUGGCUGGCUGUAAAACCUAGGAGGGGAUUAAAGGGCACGUGGAUUAAUGAGAAAUAGUGUGCAAGAUAAACAUAGUGCUUGAU